AUGGAAUACGAAGUCAAGAAAGGGAAGAAGGGUUUUGUAUCCCCCAUCCGAAGGCUAGUCUUCCCCAAGGCCGGGCGCCGGGCAGCCUUUCGGAGCAGUGUGAGUCGCCGGCCCCUGCAUUCGAUGCCCCUUUAUCCCCCUGACUACCUUAUCGACCCCCAGAUUCUGCUGUGUGACUACCUGGAGAAAGAGGUCAAGUUCCUGGGCCACCUCACCUGGGUGACUUCCUCACUGAACCCCUCCAGCCGGGACGAGCUCCUGCAGCUGCUGGACACGGCCAGGCAGCUGAAGGAGCUGCCGCUGAAGACCACGGCGGAGCAGGACAGCAUCCUGAGCCUGUCGGCUCGCUGCCUGCUGCUCACCUGGCGCGACAACGAGGAGCUCAUCCUACGGAUCCCCACGCACGAGAUCGCCGCCGCCUCCUACCUGCAGGACGACGCGCUGCACCUGCUAGUGCUUAAGACGGGUCUGGGCGUGGACCCGGUGCCCGCCGGCGUGGACGCCAGCCCCGGCGGCGCGGGGCGGGGUGUCCUGGUCAUUGGUGAAGAACUGAGCUCUCUCUCCUCCUCCCUGGGCCAGGAUGCUGCCGAGGAGUCCUGUGCGCUCAUCUGUCAGGUCUUCCAGAUCAUCUACGGGGAUCAGAGCAUUGAGUGCGUGGACCGGGCCGGCUACCACUACAUGUCCACACCCGAACGGCCAUGGCUCUGCAGCCGCAGUGAGAGCUGCCACACGGAUGGGACUUAUGCCUAUGAUGCUGACUUCAGCUGCUGCAGCUCCUUCAAUGGCUCCCAGGACACUUUUGAAGCUUGUUACAGUGGCACGUCCACACCCUCUUUUCAUGGCUCCCACUGCAGCAGCAGCGACCACAGUGGCCUGGGCCUUGAGCAGUUACAGGAUUACAUGAUCACGUUGCGGAGUAAGCUGGGGCCCCCUGAGAUCCAGCAGUUUGCGCUGCUGCUUCGAGAGUACCGGCUGGGGCUGCCCAUCCAGGACUACUGUGCAGGCCUGCUGAAACUCUAUGGAGACAGGCGCAAGUUCCUCCUCCUCGGGAUGCGGCCCUUCAUCCCAGACCAGGACAUCGGCUACUUCGAGGGCUUCCUGGAGGGCGUGGGCAUCCGCGAGGGCGGCAUCCUCACCGACAGCUUCGGCCGCAUCAAGCGCAGCAUGAGCUCCACGUCGGCGUCGGCCGUGCGCAGCUACGACGGCGCGGCGCAGCGGCCCGAGGCGCAGGCCUUCCACCGGCUGCUGGCCGACAUCACGCACGACAUCGAGGCGCUGGCCCCCGACGACGACGACUCCCGGGACGGGAGCGACGCAGCCGAAAACAACUACCUGUAG